AUGGGGCCUCCUUCUGCACACCAAGCUGACAGUAAUACAGUUGUUCGGCUUGACGGAGGAGACACCGCUGUUGAGUUUCAAGCAUUUCCCAGAGCCAUGGAGCCCACAGGAGGGCCUUAUUUUGUGGGGAAGAAGGAUGAACUGAUUGAAGCAAAGCGUACUUUCAAAACACUAGAGGGGCGGGAUAUAUUGAUCAUCUACCACCAGAACGACUUUUAUGCUAUCGACUCUUACUGCUAUCACGCUGGGACAACACUGCAAAAUGGAGACAUUGAGGAAUUUGACGGCAAGAUGUGCAUAGUUUGUCCAAACCACAAGUACAAGAUCUGUCUGGCCCAAGGGGAGGGCAUUUACAAGGCCAAAGACCCCAGGGAAAUGCCGUCUGUGUUCAGAUGGUACUCCAAGGGUGUGAAGCAGCGGACUCACACGGUCACUGAGAACAAUGGCGAUGUCUAUGUCAAGCUCUCUGAGCAAAGAGGCUUCAUUGAGUCUGACUUCUACCAGGGAGAGAAGGGCAAGAUGGAAAGGGAAAAAGCUGCGGCGGCUGAAAAGAAGAAAAACAAAUAGAGUAAAAGAUGGAAGUCAAUGGAUCCUCUAAAUUAUUGUACGAUGAAUCUACUUGGUGUUAGACAUUUAAUGACACAUAAAGUAAUGUAAAUUGGGUAUUGUUUAACUUGAUCAUAGUGUUUACAUUUGUACAUGUGGCUUACAUUAUAUAUAAGUGUUGGUUCUCAAAAUAAGGUCAAAUCUUGUGAGGUGGACAUUGUCAACUUCAUUUGCUAAAUAAACUUUUUUCCAAAUGAA